CCGAAACGUAGCGUUUUGGUUGUCUUCCCUGAUAAAGCGCUCGAAAACAAAGAACGAAACAGUGAAACCGAUAAAACUCCCACUCAUUUUCUUCACUCGCCGAUCAAAACAUUUUUUUUUCAAAAUUUAUAUGCAGUUUCCCUUCAAUUCCAUCUCAAAUAAACAAGAAAUGCAAGUCUCUCUCCCCAUUGUACCCUCCAAAAUCCCUUCAAUUUUCCCAUUCCACCAUCCCAUUUAUCCACCUCAUCCACCCCACAAAAGCCUCUCUUUCCAAACCCAAGCCAGCCCCUUUAAAUCCCUCAAAACCUCCGGCUAUUUAUCAACCAUCAGCCGUGCUAUAGAUGAAGAAGAAGAGUACCGUAAAGCCAGAGCUGCUGUCACGAGAAAGGGUAUUGAAGUUGAAGGCUACUUCAUUGAAGGACUCUCUAUUGGUGGCCAUGAAACCUGUGUCAUAGUCCCUGAAUUGAAGUCUGCUUUUGAUAUCGGGAGGUGCCCUGCUCGUGCUAUUCAUCAGAAUUUUGUUUUCAUCACUCAUGCUCAUCUUGACCACAUUGGUGGGCUGCCGAUGUAUGUGGCUAGCCGUGGUUUGUAUAACUUAAAGCCUCCGACGGUAUUUGUACCUCCAUGUAUUAAAGAAGAUGUGGAGAAGCUGUUGGAUAUUCACAGGACAAUGGGACAAGUGGAACUAAACCUUGAUUUGGUCGCACUUGAUGUUGGUGAAACAUAUGAACUACGGAAUGACAUUGUUGUCCGACCAUUUAGAACUCACCAUGUUAUACCAAGCCAGGGUUAUGUUGUAUACUCUGUUAGAAAAAAGCUGAAGAAGCAGUACAUUCAUCUGAAAGGGAAACAGAUCGAGAAAUUGAAGAAGUCUGGUGUUGAGAUCACAGACAUUGUAUUGUCUCCGGAGGUGGCUUUUACAGGAGAUACAACAGCAGAAUACAUGCUUGAUCCACGUAAUGCGGAUGCAUUGAGGGCCAAAAUUCUCAUAACUGAGGCAACGUUCCUUGAUGAUGGUUAUAGCAUUGAUCAUGCAAGACAACACGGUCAUACACAUUUAUCAGAGAUCAUUGAAAAUGUUCAGUGGAUCAGGAACAAAGCUGUCUUGUUAACUCAUUUCUCUUCCCGCUAUAGUAUAGAGGACAUUCGACAAGCUGUUUCAAAGUUGCAGUCUAAAUUAUCAGCAAAGGUCGUUCCUCUAACAGAGGGUUUCAAAUCAAUGCACACAUAGUUUGUCUUGUCAGCAGACAUGAAAGAAUUAGAGGGUAGAUGAAAUGAGAGGAAAGGAAAAAAAAAAGUGCAAUCUUUCCUUUUGAUAUAUAUAAUGUUACAGAAAUCUAUUCACAUUGUGUGUUGGUUUUAAAUUUUGUGGGGUUUGUUUACAUUAUCAAUGUAAGAUAUCGGAGUUUAUUUCACUCGCGAAAUACGAAUUUUAGCAUUUAUAACAUUUUCUCCAUUUUACUAAAA